AUGCGUCAAUUUAUCAAUGCCAAAGCGCGAGAAGCGCUCAAAAACCAAAACAAGCUUAAAAGUGAUCGUAUUUUAAUAUUUAAGUUAUUGUAUUUUCAGAAUAAACUGUCGUACUUACAAUUAAAUAAUUUAUAAUGAGUUCUGCAAGCAAGGUGGGCGAAAUUUUUACGGCCGCAGGCCAAGCAUUCAACAGACUAGGUGAUCUUACAAUGCAAUUACACCCCAAUGUCGAAUCUCAAUCAGGCAAAUGGACCGACGAAGAAAUUGAGAUGCUCAGACAAGUAGUCAAACAAUUUUCUGAAGGUUUAAAUCAAAUUAGUGAACAUAUUAAAAGGCGGACAGUGUCUCAGAUUAGAACGGCCUUAAAAAAGAAAGCAUUUGAGGAUGCCGGACUCCCAGUCAGACAACUAAAUACAGUAACGCAACCUCAACAACAAAAUGUUCAGCAACCUUUAAUUAAGUCCGAAGUUACAUUAAACAUGUUGAACGCGGCGGAGUCCGAAGUAGACGUCGAAGGACUACACGAGGAAGUGAAGUUGGAGUUUGAUGGUGCAAAUGAAGAAGUUUCUUCAUAAGUAAUAUAGGUGUAAUUUUUAUGGAAAUAUUUUUAUUGUAAUUAAAUUAUUUUAAGUAUC